UGUCUGAUAUGCGCACACGUCAUCUGUCCCGCGACGGCACUGAGAGGCACGCAGCCUGAACCCGCAUGAGAGUUGUAAACAUUUCACUUUUCCACAUUAUAAUUAAGUGAAAUGGCACCAACAGACCAGAAAACGAAGAAUAAUAAGUUUACAGGGAAAAACGACAACUGGAAGAAAUCGAAAAAUAUGGCUGCCGGUGUCAAAAAGAAAAGGAAAUGGAUUCCGGAGCACAAAGUUUUCGAGGGCAGCGUUAAAGAAGGUCAAGGCUUUGCUUUUAAGAGGAAGCAGAGAGUCAAACAUGAGUACAACAAGCUGCUACGGAAGGAGAGAAAGAAGAACCCUGAGUCCAUGUCUCUGUAUAAGGAGGAGUACCCAGAACACCUCAAACAUCUGUACAUGGCCGAGGCAGAGAAACUGAAGAACGAGGCCUGGACAAACCGAAUGAACAGGAGUAAACUGAGAAUGAAAGGGCAGGAGAAAGGAGAAGAAAUACCUGAAAGUGAUGCACCUGCACAACAGACUGAAGCUGCUGCUGAUUCAGAGACAGAAGUUACUGGUGGAUCAGAGCUGACAGAUGCUGUUUCUGGGAACCCCGAGCCAACAACAACAGCGGCAGAGAAAGAAAGUCUUCCAAUGAGCAACCGCAUGAGGAAAAAAAUGCUGAAGAAGACGUCCUAUCAGAAGACAAAAGAGGAAUUUGAGAGCGCACAAGAAAAGCGGAAAAAGAAGAAGGAGGACUACCUGAAGAACAAGCAGCAGAGAGAAGAAGCUAUUGAAAAGUACAAACAGAAAAAGAUGGAGACGUUUCAGAUGCUGAGCAAAAAGACCAAAAAAGGACAGCCAAAUCUAAACCUCCAGAUGGAGUAUUUGCUUCAGAAGAUCCAGAGAACUGAUAAAUGACUCUUAAAUCAGAGCUGAUACUGGGGGAACCAAUGGAGUGGAACUAUAUUUAACUACGCUAUUAAAAAAAAAUUGAGUGGCAAUCAAUGACCUGUUUGCCUCUGAGCUUGGAGUGAAAAGCUUGUGGUUGCUCAUUUGUUCACUGAUUUCACUCUGAUAAUGUGAUUUUGCAGUAUUUUGUUCCAGGCAAGUUAAUGCUGUGUCCAAUUUUAAUUUCAGACCACAAGAUGGCAUCGUAAGAUAUGAAGAGAUGAGGAAACAUGUAAAACAUUAGUCAGUUUUUUUAUAAAAACCAAUAAAUGUAUGAUGAGAUUCA